AUGCCUUUCAAAUGUGUCGACGGAGCGCGUACGCUGUCGUUUAUCGGCCACGAGAUCGAACACGGCCUUAUUCACCAGAACGAGGAAAAUGCCCUAAAAAUUAGGAAAGUUACGAGGCCCGGUACGGAGAAAGGAUUGCGCGCAUUUCUAGGACUAACAGGGUUCUAUAAGGAAUAUUUACCCAAGUAUGAGGCCAUAGCAGUUCCUCUGACCGACUUGACAAAGAAAGGAUUGCCAAACAAACUGAAAUGGAAGGAAGCUGGAGAAGUUGGCAAACUGAAAAGGAAACUUCAUUCGGAUGUCAAUCCUCAAAGACAGCCAGUGAAAAUGCCAUUUUGGCGACUAUCACUUGCAGUGAAGGAUCAACUGAUGUCUGAGUUACUGAGAUGA